AGUAGAGAUGCAGCCUAGAAUUGUUCUAGUUCCCUUUCCAGCCCAGGGCCAUCUCACGCCCCUGCUGCACCUUGCUCAGGCCCUCCAUGCCCAGGGCUUCCUCCCCAUCGUUGCGACCCCGGACUUCAUCCACCGCCGCAUCACAGCCCGAGUGGAUCCCGCCGGCGACCACGUCGGCUUUGCAUCCAUUCCUACCGGCUUCGGAGCAGGCGACACGCCCCGGGACUUCGCCGCCAUCGACGACGCCAUGGAGAACUACAUGCCAGGCCAUUUGGAGCUCCUGCUGAAGCAACUGGACGGGGUGGUGUGUGUGGUUGUGGACCUGCUGGCCUCGUGGGCGAUACCGGUGGUGGCACGGUGUGGAAUCCCGGCUGCUGGGUUUUGGCCCGCCAUGCACGCUACUUACCGGCUUAUAUCGGCCAUCCCGGAGCUGAUACAGAAAGGCUUCAUCUCUGAAUGUGGCACUCCUCUCUACCAUCAUAAUCACCAAGAAAAUCAAGAGCUCAAGGUAAGAGAACUACAGUUACCAGGCCAAGUAAAGCUGAGCACCAAAGACUUGCCAUGGUUGAUCGGCAACCCUGCGUCGCGAAGAACAAGAUUUGCAUUCUGGCUUAGGACCCUUGAUCGAGCCAAAGCUCUCCAAUGGCUCCUCAUCAACUCCUUCCCUGGAGAAGGAGAAGAUCUUGAUGAACACCAUCCCCUUUCCCAACCAUUGGAACAUGGUACUCCACAUACUCUUCAAGUUGGACCAUUGUCAGCCAACAGCAACAACACAAAAAGAAACGUAUUUGAUCGGGAAGUCCCUCAUGUGCUGUUCAAUCCUAGUAUGUGGGAAGAGGAUUGGAGUUGUGUGGAAUGGCUAGGGAAGCAAGCCCCUCAAUCCGUAGUCUAUGUAUCAUUUGGAAGCUGGGUUGGACCAAUCGGAGCGGAGAAGAUCACCGAGUUUGCUCUAGCAUUGGAGGCUACAAAACGGCCAUUCUUGUGGGUGCUGAAGGAGGACAAGGCAUGGCGAGCUGGGCUCCCUGAUGGAUUUUUGGAACGCGUCGCAGGCUGCGGAAAGGUGGUAGGAUGGGCACCACAGGAGGAGGUCCUCAAGAAUGGGGCUGUUGGAUGCUAUCUCACGCACUGUGGGUGGAACUCAACUGUUGAGGCCAUAGAGCAUGGAAAACGCCUACUGUGCUAUCCCAUAUCUGGUGACCAGUUUGUGAACUGUGAAUACAUUGUUAGGGUGUGGGGGAUUGGGAUCAAGCUCAAUGGCAUCAGUCAAAGUUCCAUGCGGGAUGGCAUCCAAAAGAUCAUGGCAGGCAAGGAGGCAAUGGAGAUACAAGCAAGGGUGUUGGAUUUGAAGAAACAAAUCAGCAGAAAUUCUAGAGCACUAGCUAACCUCCAAUGUUUCAUAGAUGAAAUUAGGAAAAUAAGUUGAUAGUGCAGUGUCAAGCAGACGAAGUUUCAUGCUUUGUCGCAUGCAAAAGGGGCCAGAAAAUAGUAGUUGCAUGUUAUUAUGUACUUAGUUUAACCAUAUAUAUGUGUAUCACUUCUUUUUGUCAUGAUAUUAUUAGAAUUCUGGUU